AAAUUGUUUAUGAAAAUUUUAUGUUAGUAUUAACUUUGAAACUAGUGAUUGGUUUAAUAUUUUUUAUACUAAUUUCAGUAAUUAUAUUUUGACUCAAUAAUGUCGGGGUAUAAUAAUUAUGAAAAUUGGCCGCAAGAAUCAACUUCAAAUACAGAUGAAGAAGAAUUGUCGUCUCCUGAAAUUGAACAGGAUGAUAGUGACGACGAUUCUGAAACAUCAACAUCUAGCACGAGUACAUCUGCAUCCAGUAGUAGUGGUAGUAGUCAGUCAGGCUCUGAUUCUGAAAGUACUAGUACUGCAGAUGAAGACGAAACUAUAUCACUCAAAACUGAAACUGUAGUGGCUAAUAAAACUGAGCUUAGUUUACCUGUUGGAAUGUGCGAAGAUGAAGAAGUUUUCAAGCAACUUUUUUCUGUUAAUUCUUGGGUAUGCUUAAGUGACCAACAAAAGCAACAUUUAAAGAAUUUUCUUCCAACUUUUCCUGAAAAUGAUUUAAUGGAAAAAGAAAUCACUUUAAGAAUGCUUUUUGGUGGUCAAAGUUUUCGAUUUGGAGUUAAUCCAAUUGAUGAUUUUCAUGACAAAUUAAAAAAUGGAUAUUAUCGUCCUGAUAUUGUUAAAAUGAAAUCUUUGUUAAGACGUACUCUCAAACAAAAAAUAUAG